GCCCUCUGAGUCAAAUAAUAAAAAGACUCUCAGAAAUGCAAAGAUGCUGCAAAAAAACUCACAAUAUAAAGAGUUGAGAACAAGCCAACACACUCUGAAAUUGGAUAAGGCAAACAGUCACGUUUGCAUUGGUGGCAAAGUUGCUAAGCUGCAAAACAUCAUUUCAUUAAGGGAUGAAAUGUAUGUAGCUUACAAUACCUUCAACCACCAGGAAUCCUUGUUUGACUAUCCACUGCCAUCCUCUACACUUGGCAUUCAUUUAGUGGAUGACCUCUCAACAACAGUUGAUUUCUGCAAUUUUGAGGAAAUAGAGAGCAAAAUUUUUCUUGUCCCCUAUCACAAUCAAUUCGUUUCAGUUCCUCUUUUACAUACGGAGUAAUUCUUUAUCAGAACUUUUUGUUUCAUAGUUCAUGCAUUUCAAAUACAUUGUUCAAAAUUAAGUUUCAUUUAAGAGUUAAUAAAAAAAUACGGGUUUCAGGCUUGCAAAAAAAAAAUGUACCUAAUCGUGGAGUUUGAGGGAGAAGGGACGACUGGACCAGCUGCCAAGUCCUGGUAUGCAGAUGGCUACUCCUGGUGGCCACCAUAUAAAGAUCUUGACAGGUUGCUGAAGAGUGUUCGGACAAUGGAGGCACCACAGCCAGAAAAAGGGUGGACCCGACAUAGAGCAAGAAUCCUGCACGAGUCUGCAUCUUUUCAGAAUGUAGCCAACAAUUGGAAGAAGGCCAGCUAUACUUCUGACAUAAACUCAGAACCUGAAAUUGCUGGAAAAAGGAUUCCCAAAAAGAAAACAAGUACAGAUCAUAUAUACUCAUCAGAUGAAGAGGCAGCAGAACCACCCAUUAAAAAAAGAAAAGCUGCAAACAAAACAAGUGUUCCACCUGCACCAAAACCUCCAGCCAUUCCAAAACUAAAAAAAAAAGGUCCUAUUGUGCAACCUCAGGUUUCACAGAGCAGAGCAGUAAACGCUCUCAGCAACUCAUGCGUCAAUCAGCAACAAAGGGACACGGAAGACCAACAACAGACCUGGUGUGAGAGUCUCCCCAGCUUCCAAGCUCCACUGCGUAUGUCUCAGCCAGACCAUGACGGAGACAGCUGGUGUGUUGCUCACCCUAACACACAAGAGCACACGUUUGCUGUCCUGAGACCCUCAGGGGACCACCAAGGAAGAGGCCAGACUCCAGUGGGCAUCUCUCAGGCGGACCAUCAUAGCGACAGCUGGAGUGCUCAUCCACCUGACACACAAGAGCACACCUUUACUGUCUUGAGACCCUCAGGUGACUACCAAGGAAGAACACAGACUCCAGCGGGCAUCUCUCAGGCAGACCAUCAUAGCGACAGCUGGAGUGCUCAUCCACCUGACACACAAGAGCAAACCUUUUCUGUCCUGAGACCCUCAGGGGCACACCAAGGAAGAACACUGACUCCAGUGGGCGUCUUUCAGGUAGACCAUCAUGGAGACGGCUGGAGUGCUCAUCCACCUAACACACAAGGUACUUCUUGUGGGAGACAGGAAAAUCCAGUCUUGAGUACUGUAACAAAUCAAUGUACAUCUGUAGAAAGGGCAAUUCUGGAAACACUAGAGAAAAUGGACAUGAAGAUCAACCAUCUGACUUCACUGGUCCAGUCUCUAGUGGGGAACAGGCGUAUUGUACCCCAAAUGCAGAUGGCUGAAGAGGAAGAGGGUGGUGUCUUUCCUCUAGCAUCUAUUGCAGACCUAGAUAGGCUGGAACAAAGACUGGCAGACAGAGGGUUUAUGCAGAGAAUGGUGAACAGAUUAUCCAUCAGUGGCGGGCCGAGCAUGAAGAAAACCGUAUGGAGGAUUUGCUCCAAGGUGUUCUCCACUGACGUCGCCCGGCAGUUGAACUGGUGCGGGAGGGGAGACAAAAGAGGGAUCCGAAAAUCACAAAUCGGAGCACUCCUAAUAGCUUCAGCUAUGAGGAACCCCGUCCUUCUGUCUCCAACCGAAGCAGACGCGGAAAAAUUUAUAAAAGAUUUCCUACGCUUGGCCCCAGGGAGGAUUUAACUUUUUUUUUUUUGAAUGCCUGUAUAUAUUUUACUAAUAGUGUAUUGUUGUUUGUAUAAACUUGUUUUGUAUAAAAAAACCUUUUUUUUUGCCUGUUAUAUAUAUAUUUAAUAAAAUCAACAAAUGUA